AUGAAUUCCAUCCUGACCCAUCUCAAGAAGCGUAACCGCCACAACAUCAAGACCUUUCGAAAUGCCCCUCUGGCGGAGAUAUCGGGCUCGCUCGGCGACUUGGGCACACUGCUGCCGCUCAUGAUCGCGCUCGCGAUUCAAGGCUCCAUUCAUCUAGAUGCGACUUUGGUUUUCUCCGGUGCUUUCAACAUCCUCUCGGGCGUCGUCUUUGGCAUCCCGUUGCCCGUGCAGCCCAUGAAGGCGAUUGCAUCGGCAGCCAUCGCACAUCGAGGCGACUCUUCCAUACAGGGCGUGGCAGGCGCUGGCCUCUGGGUCGGCGCGGCCAUCUUUGUCAUGUGCAUCACCGGCCUGCUACGCUGGGCAGUCAAGGUCGUUCCCAUUCCCGUUGUCAAGGGCAUUCAGCUCGGCGCCGGCCUCUCGCUCAUCAUCGGUGCUGGCUCAUCGCAGCUUCAGCCCUUAGGAUGGCUACAGCCGAUCCUCGAUAACCGACUCUGGGCCAUCUUUGCCUUUCUCGUUCUCAUCUCCACCCAGCGGCUGCAACGCUUCCCGUACGCCCUGGCAUUCUUCCUCCUGGGCCUGUUAUUUGCUCUCAUCCAGGUAAUCCAAACACACCAGAAGCUUCCUUGGUUCAGCUUCUGGCAGCCCGAGAUUAUUCGACCGACCAUGAUUGGUGACGGUUCUGCGUCUCCCAUCUACAUGGCCAUCGGCCAGCUGCCGCUCACAACUCUCAACUCGAUUAUUGCGGUGACGGCUUUAGCCGCCGACCUACUGCCUGACGUCCCCACCCCGUCCGUAACAUCCAUUGGUCUCAGUGUGGCCAUGAUGAACUUGACUUGUACCUGGUUCGGUGCUAUGCCUGUAUGCCAUGGAUCGGGCGGUCUGGCAGCGCAAUAUCGAUUUGGUGCUCGCAGCGGAGCCAGUGUUAUAAUCCUAGGAAUUGUAAAGAUUCUUCUUGGUCUAUUUUUCGGCAGCACUCUCAUCGGUCUUUUGGGUCAGUAUCCCAAGAGCCUGCUAGGCAUCAUGGUUCUUGCUGCCGGCCUGGAGCUUGCCAAGGUUGGCCAUUCGCUCAACCAAGGAGCCCGCGAUCUCUGGCAAGAGUCUUCCGACCAGCGUGAAGGUUCAAAUGUCAUCACGCGUAGGCUACGCAAUCCGUCCGAAGAGGAACGGAUGGAGCGUUGGACUGUGAUGCUCAUGACCACCGCUGGUAUCCUGGCAUUCAAAAACGAUGCUGUUGGGUUUGUCGCGGGGCUACUGUGUCACUGCGCAUUCCGCUUAUCUGACAGGUUCAUUCGUAAGGUGAACCAAGCUGCUGGAGCUAGUGAACGCGAGCCGCUGCUGCGAUAG